AUCCAGUGAAAUCUAAUUAUUGUUAAAGAUAAUUCCAGGUAGUGUUGCAUUUGUCCUUCGUCAAUACGGACCAUCUGCUAUUAAAUUUACAACUUCUGAUACCGUCCCGUGAAGUUGUUAAAUACCCUCAGGUGAAAACACUUCAAAUGACUUGAGAAAGAUUUACUUGAAAAUGGCGACGCCGAAAAGCAUGAAGUCGUUUCGAUCAUGGAGUUCUGUCGAUUCUGUGGACCCAAACGACGUUCGCCAUCUCUGUGAGGCAGAAAGUGACCCCAGCGCCCAGAAGCCUUCGCCCGGCGGGCGUUGUGUGAGCACGUGGACUUUUUCCUUGAUCGUUUUGAUUAUCAGUGUGUUUUUGCUUGUCGGGAUUUUCGUGGGGUACUAUAUUAGAGAUGGAAAAAACUACUCAGUUCCAAAGGAUGUGCCAUGCGAUUUUACAUUUCGAACAGACGGAUUUGGUCCAGAUCGUUUGGAAAUGAUUCAUGAAAAUGUCAUGUAUCUAAUGUCGGGGGAGAGGGUUAGGGACACAGCUGGAGAUAUGACGUCAAAGAACAGCCAGAAGUCGGACAGUACACUAGAUAAAAAAAUGGUCAAGUAUAUCUCGGAGCAUUUAAAGAACUCGGGUCUGGAUAAAGUGGAAACAGUCAAGUACAUUAUAGAAGUUACCUCCCCUGAUCCAGAAAAUCCUUCUUCUGUAACUCUGACAAAAAAUGACCAGGAGAUUUUAACAUUGAAAUAUGGAAGCAAAGGUUCAGCAGGACAAGACAACACCAUAGUGAAAGAGGAAGAUCCAUUGAUAGCAGUGCCAGGAAGGGCAGUGGGAAAUCUUGUGUAUGGUUUUUAUGGGAGAAGACAAGAUUUGUACUUUGUAAAGAAAGCAAACAUCACACUGAAAAAAAAUGUUUUACUCCUGAAAAUCGGAAGAAUUAGCAUCCUGGAAAAGUUGAGACUGGCGGCCUUGGAGGAAGUGUCGGGGAUACUGUUGUAUCAGGACCCCUCAGACUCCCCCACAUCACGGGAAGAACUCUAUUUUGUCUCUCACCAACUCAAUAACAAAAACUUCCAAAUACCCAUACAAGUAGUGUCAAACCGUGAUGCAGAAAGUCUCCUGAAAUCUCUGCGGAAUGAAGGAGUUAUUGCCCCUGAAGAAUGGAAAACAGCUCCUGGAGGGAUAAGACAAUAUAUGGGUAUAAUUCCAAACAAGACAAUUUCACCUGUUGUUGUGGAUCUGCGUGUGAAUGUGGUUCAGAAAGAGGAGGUCAUUACAGUUGUGAUUGGCAGUAUCUAUGGGGAUAUGGAGCCAGAUCGCUUUGUUGUUAUUGGGGCCUCUAGAGAGGACCCAUCAGAAAGUGAUGAAGGAGAUGAAAACUUGGGUCUCGGGACUGCUCAUUUGUUGGAAAUGGCUCAGGCUUUUGCAAAUAUAAAGUAUGCAGAAAAAUGGGGCCCCAGAAGGGGUGUACGAUUCUGUUCAUGGGGUGGUGGAAAAGAGCAGAAAGGGCUGAUAGAGUACUUAAAGGCAAAUAGAUAUGUUUUCGGAGCUCAGACUCUAGCAUACAUUGACCUUGACCUCUACAUAGAGAAGUCAUUAGCUCAUGAUGCAGUAUUUGAAGCUUCCUCAAGCCCAGCCCUGAAUAGACUCAUCCAACAUGUUUUACAUCAGGUUCCUCAUCCAGAAGAUAAACAGUUGACCAUAGCAGACUGGCAGUAUAACAAACCUGUCAAUCAGUUUGUAUCACACGGAAAUCUGGUGGUCCGCAACAUGCUUCAUAGACUGGGGGUACCUGUAGUCAGUGUGGCAUACAGGGUCAGUCUAAAUUCUAGUGAUGAAGAAACAUCAGCUGUCCUUCAGGAUUCACUUCAUCAUGACCAGUACCACCUAGCCGCCUCCAGAGUUAUCUCCCUUGUGGCUCUUCAUUUGGUGGACGACAAUCACCUACCUCUAAACAUGAUCAACUAUACCAAGUUUAUUCAUGAUGUUUUUGCUAGAAGUCUGGUAGAUCUGUCAGAUGCAAAAGAAAAAGUGAAUGUUGGAAAGUUACAAGAAUAUAUUGACGACCUUACACGUAUUGGAAAAGCCUUUGAGAAUUAUGUCACCUCAGAAGUUUAUACCCAGAUUCCCCUGGGGAGUAGGCGAAUGAACGAUAUCAAGAUGGGUGUGGACAAAAUCAUGAUUUCUCCUGCCGACUUUUUGUACACGAGUCCUCUGUUGUAUGCCACAGCCCCUGAUGGGAGUUCUUAUUUGAUUAAAGAGGCGAUAAGUUCAGCAAAGAUCAGCAAUGAUUGGACAGAAGUACAGCGUAUUGUGAAAACGGUCAACAGAGCCGUACAGGAAGUGAUGUCAUAUCUUCAGCUGUCUUGAAAAAUUAAAACAGCCUCCCUUUUAGGGAGGAUAAAGUGAGAAUUCUCAAUGUGCCAAAGAUUACCCUUUCCUCUGCAGAUCUCAGUUUGCAGCAGCAUCUGACAGAACCUGAUGUACAUGUACAUAAUGUAUAUUUGCAUGUGCACGUUAAAAGUAAUUAUCAUAUGAGUUUUUAUGUUCCGUCAUGCUCUUAGUGAUCUAAGUGACGAUAAGAAAGUUUAAAAAAAAAAAAAAAAGAUAACGUGAUAAUGUACGACAAUUUUUCUCAACUCAAACACUACAUUUAGUUGAUUUGGUGCUACUUUGUAUUAGUACAUUUAAUAUGUCAUUUAUGUUAAACUUUCAUUUCUAUGAUGCGCAAUAUACAUUUGUUGAUGAUUUCAAUUUGUUAACAUACUUUCAUCUGAAUAUGCAUGUGCCAUACUUCAUCUGUAGUAUUAAGAUUCCAUUUUCACAAGAACGACAACAAUGCCAGAAGUUAAAACCUAUCUGGUUUGUACUUGCGACAGUCACAUUGUAAAUACCAUAUAUUGCAUUGUAGAAUUGUCUGAAAUAACUCAUUCUUGUUCAUGAACUUUUCACCCUGAAAUACUACAUUAUCUUGACAUAUCAUUUUUUGAUUUUAUGUGCCAUAAUAAGACUUUGUGCAACUUCAUCAAGCUGUGACAGACAUAUAUACAUGUAUAAUCUCAAGAUAAAUUAUUGAUUCAGUAUUAAUUACACUGUAAAUAUUAAUUAAGAUUAGACAAUGCUAAGGUUUACACUGACCACCAGAAAUGUCUAGUCAGCAUUGGUCAGUCAUUGUAUAACUCAGGGAAGUGCAAUUAUUGUGAAAAGGGAGGUAACUCUAUCAAUGCAACAAUCUCUGAAAAACAAGAUUCAUUAUCUAUACAUUUGAACGUAGUAUCUUGAACAUAGAUAACUUGAACACCGUGGAUGUAUUGGAAGUCCAACCACUUUUCCUGUAUUUUACUUUCAAUCCUUGUAUAUCUUGGAGUUUUUUUUCUCGAUCAACAUCAAGUUCAAAAUAGUGAAGUUCAACUGUAUUAAAAUUUUCAUAAAGAACUUUAUAUAAUAUAUGCAUAUUUUUGCCCCCAUGAAAGUCAAAUUUUGAAAAUCUUUCGAAAUUGUGCUAAAUUGUAUGUAUUGUAUGAAAAAAUCUGAAUUGACAGAAACAGUUGUCACAGUUUGGUAGUAGAUUAUAAGUAAGUUUUGUUUCUGUCAGACAACACAAACUACAUGUAUAUAUAUGGAUUUUUAAGAAAGAGAACAAAUGGGCAAAAUUUGUUCAAUUUUGAAUAUAUAAUUUUACAGAAUGCAAACCUGCUCCAUUUCAAUAUUCACAUAAUUAUUUCAUUGAUAUUAUCAUUCUACACAUUACAUCAAAAGACUGAGUUGGAGCAAGACCAGGUCUACAUGUAGGUGACCUUAAAUCAAAAUAUUGCUGUAAAAAAAAAUUUUUCUCCAAAAAUUUUCAAAUAUACAUUGUUUUCUUAAUGUCAUUUCUAACAUAGGGCAUCAUGACUGCUGAAAAUAUUUAAUGCUUUGAAGUCUGCUUGUGUCCUCCUGGUUUAGAAAUUAAUGAUAUAUUUCUCCAUCAAAGUUUGAUUUGGGGGGCAAAUAUUGAUCAAUACAGUCCUUUCAGUAACUAAAGGAGGAAAUUGCAUGAGCUGUAAUUCUUUGUAAUUUUAUAAGUACAAUUUUACAUGUAUGAAAUGGAUGACUAACUGUAUAAAUAGCAAGUUCCUCCCUUUUUCACAUUUAAAUGAUUUUGAUGUAUGUAAAUAGUAUAUCGAGAAUGUUGUAAAUAACUGUUUACAAGUUUGUUUGUACAUGUACAAUGGAACAAGUUUCUCUAAUAAAAUGCAAUAAAUUAUG